AAAAUGGCGGCAGAAAAAAUUGCAAAAAUGUACUGCAUGAACGUGAACAGAUCAUAGAUGAGACGAAGACAUCGUCUGUAAAUUCUAGGGUCUAGGUUGUAAUGAAAAAUGUCCAAACUGUGGCAGAAACCUUAUGUGAAUCUUUUCAAACACUAUAACACUUCAGAAUGGAAGAAAUGUGCAAAAGAAGGCGAUGUUACAGCAAUUAUGGACAAACAGCUGAAAUGUACCGUGUAUCGCAUUGCGGGCUCAAUUCCUGCAGGCAACUACAUUCAGUUUCCUCGAACAUCUACGCAAUCACUGGGGCUGGUUGGCCGAUAUCUCUACAUCUUGUUUAAACCAAUAUCAGGCAAAUUUUUUGUCGCACACAUUGAUGUGGCAACUGAAGAUGGUCUUGCAAUACGUAUCUCGUUUUCAAACCUUUUUAAAGAAUUCAAGUCCACAUCAACAUGGUUGCAAUUUCCAUUUGUACCUCGACCACCCCCCAAUUCUUUGGACGAGGCAAUAUUGGCGAGCUCUACAAAUCAUGAAAAUGUUGGUGAUGUAUCAUUAUCGACACGUUAUACAUUCCUAAUGCUGGACCUUCGUCACAUCAUCUCGUUUUUCCUCAAUCAGCAAUACGCCUAUUUGAAAAAUAUUCGUUUAUGCGCGAACAUGCUCGUGAAAGGACUGUACACGAGCGACACGGAAUACGAACCUGGGCUCUCAAUCAACGAAGCCAGAAGACUUGGGCUAAUGACUACUGGCUACGUACCAGUACCACGUGACAUGGCAUUCCACGUGCCCAAAGGUAUGGACUGGCACGAGUUGUAUGACGUCAUAAAAUUUCCCGGGAAGAGCAAACCUAUGAAGAAGGGGAUCAUUCGUAAUGACGGAAUGGAUUUAAAAGUAGUGACCGACGACUACAAGAAACAAGAACAAACGCAACAGGAUGCAUUGUCUUCAAGGCUUGCAUUGGUGGAAAAGCUGGCCUCUAAUCAAUCUUCUACAAAGCGUAGCCAAGUAGUAGCAACGCACGUGCCACCUGUGGGUCUGAACAUCCCUGUUGGUCUCCAAGCUCAAGAUCACCUUGAUACGCAAGUGUACGCUUACAAAUCGAGGAAAAAUAUCGAUACUUUAUCACCAAGUAAUCAUCAAAAGAAUAAAGAAAAUAGAGUUAAGAGACAUUCGGCAAGGAAGGAGGGAGAGACUCUUAUAAGUCGGCGUUCAAUAAAGAGUUUGAAACCAGAUCCGAUUUUGAAAUUGAAACAUAUUGUUGGCUACGGUGGAGCGAAUUUCAAGGAAUUAUUUUGGACAAAGAAUGGCGCAUGCGUCGUGUAUCCAUGUCAUGCCGUGAUUGUUUCCAUGGAGAUAUCUACGGGGCAUCAACGAUUCUUCAUUGGACACACCGACAAGGUUUCUGCCCUUACCUUUAACGGAAACUCUUCGAUACUAGCUUCAGGGCAACUUGGACAGUCAACUGUGAUUCGUGUGUGGCGAUAUCAAUCCGGUGAUUGUAUUGCGAUCUUUAACUCUCAAGUGAGAGAACUUUAUUGCUUAAGUUUCUCAAAUAGUGGUGGAGUUUUGUGCGGUUGUGGAAAAGACAAUCACGGUAAACAGAUGGUGGUAGUUUGGGAUACAUCACGUUGUGGAAGGACUGGAGAAAUUGCUGUGGUUGCCAAGGCACAUACUGACGUUGACAUUAUGCGAAUCAAAAUUGUUCCUUUCGAUGACACAAGGAUGAUAUCGUGUGGACUUGAUAAUAUACGAAUCUGGAGGGUUCGUCACGGCUCCGUACGUUCAUCUGCCCUGGAUCUUGGUAGUCAUCAUUCAAUCCAGUUUACCGAUAUUGCUUUUGGCUACGAACUUGUAAAUGGAAACAACAAGAAAUAUCGAAUGAUAUAUGUUUCUUCGAACCGUGGAAUAAUUUUUGAAGUCAACUACGAACUGAUGGUGAUUCAUAAGGUGCGACGACUACUUCCGACCGGAAGCCGAGAGGAUCUUGUUCACGUGAACCCGGGUGAAUUCGGAAUUGGUAUCAACUGCAUCUCUGUCACAGAUGCUUUCUGUAUGACAGGCUCUGACGAUGGCUAUCUCAGGCUGUGGCCCUUGGAUUUCUCAGGUGUAAUAUUAGAGGCAGAACACGAUGGUGCUGUCUCGUCUAUCGACAUCAAUCCGAAUUGUUUAUCUGUUCUUGCCGGUACAGUAACGGGUAGCAUUGGAAUUCUCGACAUCUCCACACGUUCUUACAAAACACUGAUGAGAUCACAUACCAAACAAAUACUCGAUUGCUCCUUUGAUCCAUCACGUGGUUCUCUCGUGACCGUGUCCCAUGAUGAAACUAUUCGUGUAUGGGACCUAGACACGUUCAAUCAAUUGUAUGAUUUUAGAGCAGCCAAUGAGAAUCCCUGUACUGUGACGUUCCAUCCUCAUCAAUCACUCUUUGUCUGUGGCUUUCGGAAUGGGGCAGUUCGCGUUUUUGAUAUAGCAAGUUCUUCAAUGCUAGCAGAGCAUAAGGAACACAAAGGGAUGAUUACAGGAUUGGCUUUUUCUCCGAACGGUGAACACAUGUACAGUGCUGGAUCGCAAGGAAUUUUAGUGCUAUAUCAAGGCUCCACAGAGGAGUUCAAUGUACAAAGAAUUCUUAUCAAUACAGUGGCACCUGGGGAGCAUUUCGCUCCCGAUGUGUUGUCCGUCAGUGAUGAUGGUCAGCGGCUUGCUGUUAUUGGUCCAUUUGAAUACGUGAUUACUGUAAUGGACUGCCGCACUUUGGACGAGGUUCUACGUAUAGAUAUAACAACAAUACAUGCAGGAAAUGUUUCCACUACUGACGAUACUGCCCUCAGAUUGUGCUACUCUCCUAUGGCGUUAAAUCAACUUUUGGUGGUUACUGCUGGUUGUAGGCUGUUGAAAUUUGAUGCACAUAGUGGGCAGUUAUUGAGCGAGGUUUCCAACGUUCAUCGAUCUAGCUGUUCAGGUCUUGAUCCUUUCCAAACUGGGCAUUUUCUUGCAACUGCUGGUGAUAAACUUAUCAAGAUAUGGGACUAUCACAUGAAAAUGGACUUGAAUUUCCAGGUGUUUAUUGGCCAUUCAAAUAAUGUCUCCAAAGUUCGUUUUACCCCAGACCUCCAAGCUUUGGUCAGUAUUGGAGGCGAUAUUUAUUUGGGAUUUUCUUGCAGAUGGCCGCGAUCCUUUGGAGCCUGGUUGUAUGUUGAAGAUUCUUCAUUAUUCUCGUAUAAAUCCACAAUACAUUUGCUCCUUAUUUUCGAAAAUAAAGCUGCACAUGUUUUUGAUGGAGCUGUCUCACCAACACAAGAUGACAUUGGAGAAUCUGAUCUCAAACCCAGACCUCCAAUUAUGGCGACCGAAUUACCUCUGCAGCCUCUCCCCAGUUCUCCCGGCAAACAGGACGAGAUUGUCGUAAACUCUCCAUCUAAGAAAGAUGUGAAAGUCAUCGAUAGUUUCAAUCCUAUUGUGACUAGAAAUUUAAAAGUUCUGAACAACACUCUAGAGAUAUCGAAGUCGAUCAAGACCCAGACCCCGAUCCGCAAUUCGCUUCCCUCAGAUACAGGUCACCCAUUCCCUGGUGUGCUAAAACAUUACAAGAAACGUAAGAGCUCCACUGCGUUGCCUGAAAGAAAAUACACGGCAUCCAGAAGUCAGGCUGGACUUGCUUUGCUGGCUGUUCUUGAUUACAACGGAGAUGGCCGGAACAAUAUGUGUUGGCAUCCUGAAACAGGUUUGUUCGUUUACACCAGUGGCUGCAUCGUUAUCAUCGAAGAUCUUCAUGAUGGAAAACAAAAACAUCUCAUGCAACAUUUUGAAGAGAUUUCCACAAUAGCUCUUCAACACGAUGUUCAGGUUCUUGCCUCGGCAUCCGGGUCUUCAAAGACGGUGGCGUCAUGCAUUUGUAUCUGGGAUAUUGCAACUGGUGAUUGUAAAAAGAUGCUGACAUAUCACUCCUAUGAGAUUGCUGGCCUUCAUUUCUCAAGAGACGAUCGUUUUCUGAUCUCAGUCGGAGAUUACAGGGAGUGUUCCGUGGUAAUAUGGGGUACUAAGGACUACAAUGUACUCACAUCGUCCUAUACUAAAACUCCAAUCCAUGACAUCGCAUGGGAUCCUUAUACUAUGAACGAGUUUGUGUCGGUCGGACAAGAUGGUCACGUGCUGUUUUGGUUACUGGAAGAAUCUCGUGGAUCUUUCAACUUGAAUGUGAGUACUCAUGAGGUUUGCGAAGGGAAAGUUCCCGAUGAUUUGUUAUACACUUCAAAGCAGAAUGACUCCAUGGUACAUUUUACAAGUGUCCGCUAUGCUGGUGAUAAUGUGCUAUAUAUAGGCAAUAAUGCUGGAAUUAUAUCCGCUUGGGAUACAAGACAAAACAAGUGUUUUAUGCACUGGCUUUCUGACGAUUCUGAAAUCGAUGUAAUUGUUUGUCAUCGCGGCUCGCUGAUUACCGGAAGCUCAUCGGGGCAUCUUCGUCUUUGGUCUGUUGUAGGCGUUGGAGAGAUGAGAUUGCCCGGACAGAAUGAUAUAUUGAAUCAAAAUGGUUUGGUUAUCGAAGACGAAAUGUCUUUGGACGCCGGAGUGAUUUCUGCUUCAUUCGACACAUCCUUGAAAUGGUAA